CGGGAGCAGCCGCGCCGCGCUCCAAGCAGACCCUCCUGCAACAUGGCAUCAGGAAAGCUGCGCGUGGCCGUGAUUGGGGCAGGGGCUGCUGGCCUGUGCGCCGCCCGGCACCUGCUUGCCUCCCCUGACGUGUUUGCUCCUCCUGUGGUGUUUGAGGCCUCUGACCGCCUGGGAGGCACCUGGGUUUACACCGAGGAGAGCGGGGAAGACGCCGAGGGAUGGCCCAUCCACUCCAGCAUGUACCAUAACCUCAGGACCAACCUGCCCAAAGAAGUGAUGGCCUUUCCGGAUUUCCCCUUCAACCCUUCGCUGCCCUCGUUUCUGCACCACUCAGAUGUGCUAAACUACCUGGAGAGCUAUGCAGAGCACUCUGGCAUCCAGGACCAUGUUCAGUUCCAAUGGCAGGUGGAUAAGGUCAGGCCUGGGUGGAAGGGCACAAGCAGCCCCAGCGGCUGGGAUGUCACAGCCAAACCGCGGGGGCCUGAAUCAGCGCAGCACGUUACGGAGCACUUUGAUGCCGUCAUGGUUUGCACUGGCCAUUAUGCCAGCCCAUUUGUCCCCGCCAUCCCUGGUCUGGACAGUUUCCAAGGCCUCCUCCUGCACAGCCACAAUUACCGCCACCCCGAGCCCUUUGCUGGCCUGUCUGUGGUGCUAGUGGGCGCUGGCGCGUCGGGGGUCGACCUGGCCCUGCAGCUGCUCCCCGUGGCCGCUCGCGUGGUGCUGAGCCACCAGGGGUCGCCUGUGCGUGGGCUGCCUGAGGAGGUGGUGCAGGUGCCGCCGCUCUCGAAGGUGACUCAGAAGGCCGUGGUGUGCAGGGACGGCUCAGCGCUGCUGGCGGAGGCCUUGGUCCUCUGCACCGGCUACCGGUACCACUUCCCCUUCCUGGCCUUGGCCCAGCUGGGCUUGCAGGAGACGGACUAUGGGGUGGGCCCCCUCUACCGGCACUUGCUGCCACCGCAGCACCCUUCGCUCUUCUUCAUCGGGCUCUGCCAACAGAUCUGCCCCUUCCCCCACUUCCACUGCCAGGUGCUCUUUGCGCUCGCCGUGCUGGCCGGGCGCUGCCCUUUGCCCUCCACAGCCGCCAUGGAGGCUGACGCCCAGGCCCAGCUGGAGCAGCACAGGAGCCGCGGGGGGCUGGCCCGGCACUUCCUGCGGCUCCAGGCCCAGCAGUGGAGCUACGCAGAUGAGCUGGCCCACCAGGCGGACUUCCCCCCUCUGCCCCCAGCCAUCAGAGAGAUCUACGAAGCCGUGCGUGCCAGCCGUGCCCGGGACGUGGCCACUUACCGGGACAGGAACUAUCAGCUGCAGGGACCCAAUACCUGGUCGUUUGUGUAGGACUCUGCCAGGGGCUGGGCGGAGGAUGGAGAUGCAGAGUGAGGCCUUCAGCCCCCAAAGUGGGGGGGGGCACCUCCGCUUACAUGGGUUCCCUCUGAAGACCAGUUCCAGCUAUACUGGCAGUAGAACAGAACUACUGGCUGAGGGAGGGAGGGAGGACACAGCAACGUCCCUCCCCACCCCCCAGCAGCAUGGAGUUUUUUUUUCUCAGAGCUUUUGUGGGUGAGGAUUUGAAGCAACUCAGAAGUGGAUGGGGAGGAUCUCUUUUUCAAGGGGAGAGAGCAAGCGGGGUCCAGGGGCUUCCUCUCUGUGUGUGGAUUUGGACUGGGAUCCCCCCAGUCCUCUCCGACCAGUGCAACACGCUGCCUUUGCCUGCACCACUGUGCCACCAUUGCUGCUUGUGGCAGCUCAGCCAAGCCUACUCCCUGUCCCAUCUGGAACAAAGAGACGUCCUGCUGGGUCAGACCAGAAUCCCAUCUGCUUCAGCCACACGCAGACCCUGCACAAGCAAAGCAAGGCAGCCUCAGCUCCCCCAGCCCUUGCCCCCCCCUGAACCAUUCAGAGGUAUGCCGCUGCCCCUGAAUGUGGAGGCUUGACUGCCUUAAAGUCACCCUAGCCAGGGACUGUCUCACCCACAUCUUGUGGUGGCCGGCUCCAUCAGGGACUGAAGCACUGUGUGAAGGGGGGGCUUCCUUUUGGCCUGGAUCUGUCAGCAACCAAUUUCACUGGGUGACCCAGCCUGAGUUCUCAUAUGCCUGAGUUCUCAUA